AUGGAAGGAGACGGUGAUUCAGAGAGUCUGGACCAGCCAGAAAUGGGCAUCGAAUCCCUGCCUGAGCCUGUCCUCAUCCAAAUUCUGGCCUUAGUGCCUGCCACUGAGCUGGUGCUCAUGUGCCGACUGGUGUGCCUGCAGUGGAAGGCCCUGGUGGACAGUGCUUCACUUUGGAUCCUCAAGUGCCAGCAGGAAGGGCUGGCAGGGGAGGAUGAGGUGGAAGAAGAUCGAGAGAACUGGCAGUUCUUCUACUUCCUCCACAAGUGGAAGAGAAAUCUGCUCAAGAACAUUUUUGGAGAAGAGGAGUUCGAGGCUUGGGGGGACGUGGAGCACGGUGGAGAUGGCUGGAGGGUGGAGGAAAUUCCUGGAGAUGGUGGCUUUGACUUUCCAGAAGACGAGAAUGUCAAGAAAUACUUCGUCACCUCCUACGAAUGGUGCCGCAAAGCCCAAGUAGUUGACCUGCGGGCAGAGGGGUACUGGGAAGAACUGAUGGACACCACUCAGCCCGCUAUCGUGGUGAAGGACUGGUACUCGAGUAGAAUUGAUUCUGGCUGCCUGUACGAGCUGUGUGUGAAAUUGCUGUCUGAGCACGAGGACGUCCUGGCCGAAUACAAGAGUGGGACGGUGGCAGUGCCCCAGCAGAGUGACACAGGCUGGACAGAGAUCUCUCACACCUUCAGAGACUAUGGGCCAGGAGUUCGAUUUGUCCGUUUCGAGCAUGGAGGCCAGGACACGGUCUACUGGAAGGGAUGGUUUGGUGUCCGGGUGACCAACAGCAGCGUGAUGGUGGAACCCUAA